UAUGUUUUGUAAAUUGAGUUAUUUUUUGUAUUGAAUAGGUCCGUUAUUCGAGGCCCGAGCAAAUCAAUCGUCCAACAGUUGAGAUCAGUUCGUACAACAAUAUUACUUACCUAUCGACAGUAGUCCAGAGACUAACCGAAGUUGGCGGUUUUGCACUGGAGAAUACGUUCAGGCAUGGGUGCUUUGGAUUUAUGUUGGAUUGGCAACCGGGCCAGAAGUGCAAUGCUGCAUUGCACCAUAUUGUCUCUCGUCAUCUUCAGAUCACGGCCUUCAAUGAGGAUGAUGAGAUCUCCUUCCACAUCAACGGGAGGAAGGUUGAGUUUACUCCGAGAGAUUUCGCUCUCGUGACAGGAUUGUCCUUUGGGGAUGAUCCUUUUGACCCCGAGGCUGAGCACGAUCUGAGCGACGCUCAGACAUUUAGAAAAUUUUGCCGCUCUAAGCCGGUGUCAGUGCGGGACCUGGCCGAUAAAUAUUUCGACACCGACAAUCCAGUAAAAGACCCCGACGGCGGGUUGUACUUCCGUGUGGCCCACUUGUUGGUGCUACACGCAUUUGUAUUAGGAGUGGACGUGCGACGACCCGUGCAGUCCUGGACUUGGAAGCUGGUGGAUGAUUUGCCGGCCUUUUCCAGAUUUCCUUGGGGAUCGUGCGCGUAUAGAAGCUUGAACUACAGGUUGAAGCACAGCACAAUCAAACAGGAUUGUAAAAAGUAUCACUUCUACGGUCCUUCUUGGGCCCUAUUCAUUUGGGGUCUUGAGAAAAUUCCCUAUUUGGGCCCAGCCAUAGCCAUAUGCAAUGCGGGGGUUUACCCUAGAUUUCGGAGGUGGACGUUCGUGAAGACCAAGUUGGAUGGGUUACAGAGUUAUUUUGAGUCUCCGGAGAACGGGAUAUGGGAGAUGGUCCCCGAUGAGUACGAGGCCAAGACAUCUUACUGGCUAUCGGUGGCAGGCGUCAAUGCCGGGAUAGGGGUUCGAGUACCAGAGCCGGCAGUCUUUGGUCAUAGGCAGCCUCGGUAG